AUGUCUGCUCAGGCCACUCUGAAAGUUCUCAUCUGCACAAUAAGCAGCGUUCCCAGCAGCCCCCACCUGGCACUCGCCCGCACCAUAGCCUCCUUGGAGCUCUCCUGCAUCUACUCGGCCCUCAUCCUGCAGGACACAGCUUUGGCCAAUGUCAACAUUGGUAGCCUCAUCUGCAACGUGGGGGCCGGAGGACUUGCCCCAGUAGCUGGUGCUGAUCCUGCAGGAGGUCCUGUUCCCUCCACCACUGCUGCCUCAGCUAAGAAGAAAGUAAAAGCAAGGAAAGAAGAAUCUGAAGAGUCUAAUGAUGACAUGGGCUUUGGUCUUUUUGACUAAACCUUUUUAGUAACACAUUCAAUAAAAA